UUUUUUCUUUUUUUUUGUUUUUCAAACAGUUUUCCCAUUUCUCAUCUUCGGUUUUAACCCGUUUACCCCUCAUUCGUUCGUCGUUCUUAAGUUCGUUAAGAGUCGCGCGUUACGGUUGUAUACAAGGCGUACAACGAUCGGAACACCAAGGACACUUCGGCUUCGGUUUGAGGCGGCUAAUCGCAACGUACGGAAAGGGUGAUAAGCGAUCCGUCGAUCGUCAUCGGGAAGAUAUCGCAUCGAUCGAGAUUAUUGUUCGGGGUGACUUACGCUGAACGGAGAGGAGCGGAGGGUGGUUUUAAGGAGGAGAAAAGAGAGAGAGAGCCAUGGAACGGACAACAAUGUCGAUGCGGAUGAAGACUGGCGAGCCGAUAAAAUGGAACGGGGAGUAAGAAGGGAGCUCUUCUCCCCCUGCCCCCUUGCCCCCCGCCCCGCCAUCCCUCCGCCCCACCGACAAUAACCCUUGGCCGUCGUUGCGUUGUUUAUGGUGUACAUGCAGUGUGUGUGUGCGUGAAUUUGAUCCGACAGUGUCCGUAAUCGUAAUACUAAUCGGCGAUGCGACGCUGCGCGUGUUAUUGACAGUUUGCCGAACGGUGAGGGGUGGUGAGAAAACAGAAGGAAAGAAGGGAGACGAAGAGGAAGAGGAAGAAGAAGAGGAAGAGGAAAGGGCUUGACGAAGAAAUGGUGCGGAAUCGGUCGAACUAUCGCCACUGACAAUGUAAUAAUGGUAGCGUGAAGUCGUAUAUAAACGAAUUACGUACGAUUCGUGUAUCGAAACAGUGCGGAAAGCGGUGAGAAGAGGAGAUAAUACAUAGUUUAAUUUAUACACGGAGUUGAUUGAUUGUCGCUGAAUCGAUAGCUGUAUUGUUGUUGUUAAAUUGUGACGAUGAUGAUAAUUAACGUGUGGACCUGCCGCCGGAGGAACGAGAGAUUAUUUUAAUCUUUUAUCAAGAAUGCACUGAGGAAACGAGAGGUGGAAGGACUUUGAGAUGUCAGCUGUCACCAGUCCGUAUGGCCCCACGGAGAUGCUGUCCGACUCCGUUUACAAUUACGCAACGGCUCGCACCGCCGAUCAGGACUCUGACUCUCAGUUCGAGUCGCAAACGCCGAUCCAGAUAUCGUCGGGUCAAAAGCCUAGGAACAAAAGGAAGAAUUUUAAACCAAUUAGCAGCCGGAUGGCCGAGGUCUCGGACGAGUCUGAUCGCGAGGAGGUCGACAGGUACAUCGACGAGGAGGACAACCAGAUUGACAAUAACUCGAACGACAACGCCGUCGAGAUACUCGAGUACGAGAGAAAGAAAAUGCUACCGGUCGACGAACAGCGGGUCAAACUUCCGACGGACGAGAGGGUGAAGCAGGGCUUGAACAACAACGAGGCCAGUCCGAUGGAUCUCUCGGUUACGACCCGGCCUGCCUCUUCCGAGGCUGACGACGACAGCAGCGACUCGAUGAGGCACAAGUUCAUCCUGGAACAACUCAGGUCCCAGAAGCUCUACUCCCCGAGUCGCGAGGUAAGGAGUCCUACCUCGGAUUCGUCGGAGAAAAGCGGCGGCAGUGGCGUACCACUCGACCCCGAGGUCGCGGGGGGACGCCUCGACGUAAACGGCGGCCAAUUCGACGACGAGCGACCCGGGACCGAGGAGAGGGUACCGACCCAGGGGAUGAGGGAGUACGCCGAGUCGACGAUGCAGGAACUCCUCGCGAUCUACGGCCUCGGCGGAGAGCUCGCCAAGUCAGUCACGAGGCAGCUUCCGCCCACUUUUCUCAAUCCUCCGGCCAGCCAUACCCAGGGAAAGAUGAACGACUCGUCUUCAAUGGCGCCUGGAAGUCCACCGACGCCUCCUCACACGCCGCAGAGUCCACCGCGGCAGAAUGUCGCCUCGAGUUUGUCGCAGUCGAGUCAAACCUCGAAUCACGCCCCGCAAAAUUUCCCGCCGCAAUUACACGCGGUACAGAAUUCACCGCUAAGUCAAAUACUCGUACAGAAUCCCGCCCUCGCUCAGCUGCUACAGCAAAACCCGGCCAUCCUAACUCAGCAUCCCCAGCUCGCUCAGCUGCUGCAACAAAAUUUGGCGCAAAUGGGUUCCGUUCUAUUCCAAAACGUACGACGAGACGACGUCGAAGAAAGGGUUCCCCCCACAAUAGCCAGCCUGGCGGCAAUGACAGUCGAGGCAGCUGACCCCAAGGUUUCCGCACUGUUGAGGCAAAGCAUGUCCCCGGUGGCGGACCCCUUGAUCGGCAGCACGAAAUCUCCAGUUCCUCAGCCAAUAAUCGAUUACUCGCGAUACGUCCGUCGGUAUACGUCCGGCCAAGAAUGCGGUAACUCUUAUUGCAAGGAGUUGGGUUGCAGAGAACAUUUCCAUUGUCUCGACUGCAGUGGCAGGGUGUUUGUAAAGAAGGAGGAAAUGAUAAGGCACUUCAAGUGGCACAAAAAGAGGGACGAAUCCUUGCAGCACGGGUUUAUGAGGUAUUCGCCAACGGACGACUGCUCGGAAAGACACCCUGGCCGUGCCUGUCCCCACAACAGAAAGCAAACCCACUACCACUGCAUCCACGAGAACUGUGACAAGGUUUACAUAUCAACCUCGGACGUUCAGAUGCACGCCAAUUAUCACCGGAAAGACUCUGCUAUCAUCCAGGAAGGUUUUCAACGCUUCAGAGCCACCGAAAGCUGUGGCACGGAGUACUGUCCCUUCGCCGGUCAGCGCACAACUCAUUUCCACUGUCGCCGACCCGGCUGUCGAUUCACGUUUAAGAACAAGGCCGACAUGGAGAAACACAAAUCGUACCACAUCAAGGAUGAGCAACUGUCCCGCGACGGGUUCAAAAAGUUCAUGAAGUCGGAAGCCUGCCCGUUCGACCAGUGUCGCUUCUCCAGGGUCUGCAACCACAUCCACUGCAUCAGACCGCACUGCAGCUACGUCCUCCACUCGUCCGGUCAGCUGUUUUCCCACAAGCGUAAGCACGAGAGACACGACUCGGAAUUGGCCUACCGGAAGUACAAGCAGGCGGGAAGCACCGGGAUCCGACCUCCGAGUUCUUGGGCUCCGGAAGAUCUCGGAAGUCAGAGUCUCGCGCUCAGUUUGAACGGGGAAAGUUCUAACGAGGGGAGAGGCUCGCCGUCUUACUUCUCCUUGGAUGACUCCUUCCAGAGUGCGAGCGACCUCGCCAUGGACCUGACUUCUUCAGCUUCCGGUCCGCCUACGGGGAACUCGACCGUCACCACGAUGCCGAGCUACUCCGGCGAGCAGCAGCAGCAGCUAACUCCAGUCGAGCUAGCGUACCUGGCACCGGCCACCGCGGACUGCCCUUGUCAGCUGGGGCGGGAUCAUCACCACUGCGGCCUUGACCGCUGCGGGGCGACGCUGCGGGACCCGAGGGAGGUCAGGGAGCACCUCAGGGAGCACGAGACUCAGGAGAGGAUAACCGACGCGUACUUCGAGGAGGGCGGUUGCGAGGAGGGCUGUCCCUACAUGGACAAGGAGAAGCACUACCACUGCAACUGGGACAAUUGCCGCGAGGUGAUUCUCGCCACCGACAAACCCUUCCGGAGGCUGCAGCACUACAAGAUACACGAGUACAGCAGACAACUGAACCUUUCCUCCUCGUCUCACCCUCUAUCCUCCGACGUCACGUUGACCCACCUGACCAACAUCGACGCGAUGUUUAGGCGAAAAAGGGGCAGGCCGCCAAAGAACCGUGUCAUCGAAAUAUGGUCCGGCGGCGACCCAGCUACCCAAACUCACGACUCACCUCAGGCGAUUUUCACGAGCUUCAAACUACCAAAGCCGACUCCGUCGUCAACCCCGAACACCCCGACCGAGGAACGCGAGGGCAGCGUAUCUCCCUCGAACAGCCUCGGCGAACCCGAAGGAUUCUCAACGUACAACGCGGAGUGCUGUCCCGAGGCUGUCUGCGCCCUCAGAGCAACGAGGCAUCAUCACUGCUCCCAGCCUCGUUGUCAUUUUUCGACGGACCGUCCUGACCAGCUCCUUAUGCACAGCAAGGACUUUCACGAUAACGUUGACAUUUUGCCGGGGUUUUCAUUCUUCGACAAGAUGAUAGACUGUAAGCUCAACGGCUGUCACAGCAACCGGGUUAAUCGUCAUUUUCACUGCACCAGACCGAAUUGCGGAUAUUCUUUCGUACGGUACUCGGCUAUGGCUUUACACGAGAAACAACACAGUAAUUCCUCAAGCCAGGGUAGCGGGGGUACGAACGAACCGGAAAUUAGCGAGAUUAGCCAAGAUAUUAAACCGCGAAUUCAGGUGAAAAAUCCUGCUGAACUAAUUGACAAGCCGGAAGAAAAUUUCGUCGAGGAAACUGGCAGGACCAUCAUCACAGCUGACGACAAGGAGAGAGAGAUACCAAGUCCUGACUCGAGCAAGACUACGGUGGUGAGGGCGGCAGGCACCUAUUAUCCGGUCAGCGGACCGCCGAUCGAAACGGCACAUCCGGGCGCCAUGCUAUCCAUGCGAGCUUCCGGUCAUCAAGAACCCCAAGCAAUUCCAUCUACCAGUUCUUCACCCCACACUCUUUACGGACCAGAGCAGAGUUGUAGCCGGCCAUUUUGUAAGCUGAAGCGUAAAAACCAUUAUCACUGCAACGCGUGUAACCAAGCAUUCUCGGAAUUGGACAGACUGGUGGCCCACAUCGCAAAACACUCGACUGGGGCAAUCUUGAGCCAACAGCAACAUGAAGUGGGAAGUAGCGGCCAAAACUCGCAACUUCAGAGAGACGCGAUUCUGAAUCAACAACAGCACGAUUACCUCGCCCAGUUUUCGGUGCAGAAGCACGAAUUUAUGGCGCAAAAUGCCCAGAUUGCUCAGAACGUACAAAACUUUCAAAACAUGCAGAGGCAGAUCCAGCAAAAUCUGACAAUGAGUCAGCAGUCGGCCAAGGAGUGCAGCAUGACGAAGUCAGGAGACGGUGGCAAUAUGAACCAGAGGAUAGAUCAGUUGGCGGUGGCGAGCGGAACCAGCGUUAAACGUGAACCAGCGGAGAGCAAUCGCGAAGAAGAAAUGAUGCAUAACGAAAACGGCCAGGCGCAAUCACAGCUGAUGAAUCAGACGCAGUCCCUUCAGCAGCCGUCGAUUUCUCAGGGCUUUGAGAUUGAUCUUAGCCACGGAUUCCACUUUCCUAGUCCAGCGGUCAUGGCCGCGAUGAACCAACAGUUCGCACUUAUGAACCAAGCGUUGCCACCCUUCCUUCAGCAUGGCGGGAUGUACGCCGGUACUCCGGGACUUAUGUUCGCCCCGGGUCUGCCCCCGGGGAACUUUUUACCGCCUUCCAGAGACGAGAACCCAUUAGCGUCGCUGGCGGCGAACCUGAACCUUGGUGGUAAGAGGUCCUUGUCUCCCCCUGAUAGUAAUUCACCGGAAGCGAAGAAACAGAGGUUACAUCAUUCGAUGAGGAUGCUGAAGGACGAGCCCGUACCGGAGGGUUACGUGAGGUUCAGAUUCAACGAGGACUGUCGUUAUCAGCACUGUGGAUACCGCGAACACCAGACCCACUUUCACUGUAUGCGCCAAGACUGCGGUUACUCCUUUUGUGACAAGACGAGGUUUGUCCAGCACACCGCGCGGCACGAACGUCUUGACACUUUGAUGGGAGGUGACUUUCAGCAGUACAGAGCAAACGUACCUUGCGGUAGGCCCCAGUGCGCCUACACCUCUUCUUUGGGAUCGAUGCAGAACAAGGCGUCCCACUUUCACUGCUUGAAGUGUGACUUUGUCUGCACAGACACAAAUAAGGUCGUUGCUCAUCGGAGACAGCAUGCUAAGUUAGAUAGCAUUGCCGCAGCUGGUUUCCAGAAAUUCACACCCAGCCAACCUUGCGGCGCUGUACAGUGUCAACACUCCGGAAAGCAGACCCAUUACCAUUGCCUGCAGUGCCAGUAUGCGGUCUUGGGACUUGCGCAGAUGUCAGCGCACAAGUACCGGCACAUGGAUGACGGCGAAUGCUUGGACGAGGGGUGACGACGACCAAGCAUCUGCAUCGGCGUUGCUGCGCUGGUCGAUGUCAGAAGUAUGGACUAUCGAAUGGUGUAAGAAACAAACAAAAAAAACAAAACAUCAUACACUAACAGACGUGACGAUGGACGAAGGAGGAUCAAGAUAUUGAAGAGCGAAAAUAAACGUUAUAAAUAUAUAAUAUAAUAUGACCUUCCGGGGCAAAAAUUUUUUAAGACAAUAAGAUUAUCAUUGACGCGAUAUAGCUUUAGCAUGAAAAAAAGACAAACUUUAAUAUUUAACAAGUAUAAUAAUGUGUAACGUUGUAGAGAUAUUUACAUGGAAGUGUCGUACUAUACGGUUUUAGACUCGUAGUGUAUAGUUAGUAAAAUAGUGAAUAGAAUUAUCAUCGAAGGAUGAGGCGCAACAUACACUGAAUCAAAUUACUUGAUCAAAAACAAACAAGUCGAAUUGAAUAUUCUUCGAUCGAGGAAAUGACAAUUGGUUGGAGACGAUGGAGACCACCGGACAGACCUUACGAUGCCCAAGGUGAAGUAUGAACAGUCGAAUAAGUCAGUCCGGGUUUAUACAAAAAGACAAGGAAACAAAAGACAGCCGUAUUUAUUUUAAAUCGUAGAUAAUACGAAAUAUGUAUAUCAUAAUAGAUGAACUAAUACUGACUUAUGAUCAUUUAUAUAUUAUCGUACUAGAUUUAUUUCAUGGAUUAAAAAAUCCACGAGGUAAUAAAAAUAUUAUUGUAUUACGAACAGUAUUCAGAAAAUUAAAUAAAGACUGCCAGACGAAAUGAAUAUGAAUAAUAUUGAGGAGGUGAGAAUACGAAAUGCGAUAUACAUGGCAAAAUGGAAAAUUAUUAUUUUUUUUUUUUUUAAUUUUGCGAAACAGUAUAUAACAAGAAAGGUAUACUCUGAAAUCUAAAUCAAUUUCAUAUACUGUGUUGAUCAGAGAUGAAAAAUAAAUUUUCUAAUAUAUUUAAAUAAAAUCAUUGAUAUACACUGUAGGUUUCUUGCGUUGUUUCUAUAGGAUCAUGCUCAAGCGAAACAAUAUUCUGUACAUUCUAGUGUGUAGUUGAUGUAUUUGAAAGUUGCAUGUUGUAUGUAUACCACAGAAUUAUAAUUAUAUCGUAAUAUUGUAUCACAAUUGUAGGCACGGCGAUUAUUAUUACAAAAAAAAAUUUUUUUUUUUUUCAAUUACCGUUUUCGAAAAGCGAUUGCGACGUGUGAACAAGACUUGGUGAAUAUAUAGUGUUUUAUAGUUUCAGUCUUUAUUUUUCUGCCUUUUUGUUUUUGCAAACGGUCGGAGUUAUGUAUUUAUGUAUUUGAAGUGAACUAAUUAGGGAGACAGACACAGUUUUACAUGUAUUGCAGAUAUUUUUUAGAUAUAUAAAGCUAGAUAUGUGUAUACAACUGAAUACAUACAUAUAUCUUUCUGACUCACAUUAGGGUGCCUUUAGGGUGGUAACACAGUUAGAACCGUGCCUUAGCACCGAGAAACAUACAUACAGAGAUGAAAACGAACUUCUGGCAACUUGAGACAAAUAAUCUGAAUUUAGUGCCUUACACGACAAGAAAAAGUGAAGAAAACAAAAACAAAUUGUGAAACGAAUAAGGAAAUGAAACACGUGACACACCAAAUCUGUUUUAAAACCGACAACGUAGGUGUUAUGUAAAAUUUGUCCUAUUUCUCAGAUUUUUCACUGACUAUUUCCUAUCAUUACAACUUAAUGAAUAAAAUGAAACUACGUAAUGCUGUUGAAAAAUUUAUCUGUUUCUCUUGUCCGUCCUGUUGAGCGGAAUUCACACAAUUGUAAUGAACAAUAUAAAUUAAAAAAGUCCUGAAGUAAGCAAUUAUCGGGUGUUUGAUCGUCGUAUCGUUGAAUAGAGAACCGUCAAACGAAGGUGAAAAAAAAAUAAAUGUGAAAAUUACAAAUAGAAGAAACGUGAAAAUAAUAGUCUAAUUAUAUUAAUAGUAGCAUUCCAUAGGAAGUACACACUGAUAGUCAUCCAUCCUAGCCCUUGGCUUACAAUUUUCACGCAACAAUUGCGAUAGUAGUAACUUAUACGAAUAUAUAUAACCAGUAAUCGCGAAGAAAACGGGGGAGAGGAAAAAAGAGAAACAUGAUGAUGAUGAUGAUGAUAAUUAUAAUAAUAACAACAACAACAACAACAAUAAUAAUAAUAAUAAUAAUAAAAACAAAAAAGAACAUGUUAACUGGCAUCGGAUCCGUGCUUAAAAAUGGAAGUCGUAAUCACAGAGGGCUAGGCUAGCAGCCAUACGAGUGCCAUACCACAAAUAAUAAUAAUAAUGAUGAUGAUAAUAAUAACAAUAAUAAUAAUAAUAAUAACGAAAUAAAUAUACUUUUUAGAGAGAGAGAAAUCCCUGUAACAUAUUUAUUUAGCGUGUAGAUGUAUGCAUGAGAUAUAUAUUAUACAUAUAUAUAUACAUAUAUAUAUAUAUAUAUAUAUGUGUAUAUAUGUAUAUAUAUAUAUAAAUAUAUACAUACACAUAUGAGUAUAUAGGUGAUACAAUAAACACAUGUAUAAAUACACCGUUAAUUAAUAUUAUAUUUCAACUUAAGUAACAAAAACGAACAAAUUCAUUCAUAAAUACGAUGCAAUUGUCAGGAAAAUUGAAUCGAUUUUUGAACGUAACGUGAAUCGAUGCCUAUGAUACGCCCAUUUGUAUCUACGACACUUACGACUACCUUAGAUUUGAAAUCAAGUGAAUUACAAUGUACUCUAGGUUUAUUCAGAAUACAAUGUAAGAUCAUUAAUAUUAUAAUAUUUACCGUAUGGAUGUAUAAGAGAGAAUCAUUAUAUAAUUUUAUCCCUUA